AUGAGGCCCCUCAGUAUAUUCCUGCUGCUCUCCAUGGCUCUGUGCUGCUUCUUGGAUACUGUUCAAGCUAAAGAAAUCCUCCGAGAGCCUAAAUGUGAAUGCUCAGAAGUCUAUGACCCUGUCUGUGGCACUGAUGGACAAACAUAUCUCAAUGAAUGCGAAUUGUGUCGGGAUAAUAAAAAAAAACUUAUUCCCGUCUGUGUCCUAAGAAAAGGGGUCUGCUUAGUAUCCCAAAAAUCCUGGUGCUCCCGUUACCAUAGCUAA